AUGGCCGCUUACUGCCUGGGCUUGGCGGGCGCCGCUUCAGCACCAGCGGAGCUGGACAGCGCCUGCUGCAUGGAGCUGCAGGGGGCCGCGGGAGCAGGAGCCGCCCGGAGCCCCGCAGCCGCCGCGGCCGCCUUAGCUCCGCUCCAGGGCGGCCCGGGGGAGCUGGAGCUGGCGCUGGAGGAGGAGCUGGCUCUCCUGGCCGUCGCCGGGGAGCAACGGCAGCAGCAGCAGCAGCAGCAGCAAGCCGGGGAGCAGGACGCGGGGCCUGCCCCGGCGGGGCAGCAGCCGGAGCUGCUCUCGCUGAUCAGGCAGAAGGAGAAGGACUUGGUGCUGGCCGCCCGGCUGGGGAAGGCGCUGCUGGAGAGGAACCAGGACAUAAGCCGGCAGUACGAGCGGAUGCACCAGGAGCUCACCUGCAAGCUGGAGCACCUAGAGCAAGAGAAACACGAAUUAAGGCGACGGUUUGAGAACAGAGAAGGGGAAUGGGAAGGAAGGGUGUCCGAGUUGGAGAGCGAUGUGAAACAGCUACAGGAUGAAUUGGAGAAGCAGCAGGUUCACCUUCGUGAAGCAGAUCGAGAGAAAACACGAGCCGUCCAGGAACUAUCUGAACAGAACCAAAGACUCUUGGAUCAGCUCAGCAAGGCGUCAGAGGUGGAGAGACAACUCUCAAUGCAGGUCCAUACCCUUCGAGAGGACUUCCGGGAAAAGAACUCAUCAACCAGUCAACAUAUAGUACGACUCGAAAGUCUCCAGGCUGAGGUGAGUGGCCUGAUCAUGAUGCUUACCGAUAGGAAGCGGGAGCUGGAGUGUCGCCUUAGUGCUAUGAUGGAAGAAAAUGAUCUGCUUCAGGGAACCGUGGAGGAACUGCAGGAGCGAGUGCUGGUCCUGGAAAGACAAAGCAAUGAUAAGGAUCUGCAGCUGCAUCAAAGUCAGCUGGAGCUCCAGGAGGUGCGGCUGUCCUGUCGGCAGCUCCAGGGAAAAGUAGAAGAGCUUAGCGAGGAGAGAAGUCUACAGAGCUUCAACACAACGAGCACAUCCCUGCUAUCUGAGAUUGAGCAGAGCAUGGAGGCAGAAGAACUGGAACAAGAGAGAGAGCAGCUGAGACUGCAGCUCUGGGAGGCCUAUUGCCAAGUCAGAUAUCUCUGCUCUCAUCUCAGAGGAAAUGACAGCGCAGACUCUGCAGUCUCCACAGACUCCUCCAUGGAUGAGUCUUCAGAAACCUCAUCAGCCAAAGAUGUCCCCGCUGGCAGUCUACGUGCCGGUCUCAAUGAGUUGAAGAGGCUGAUACAAAGUGUUCUAGAUGGCUCAGACUGCCCGAGUUCUCGGAGAAGUGAUGAUGAUGCCUUAGAAGAACAGAUCAGGCAAACAAGUGAGGACUCAAGAGCCCUGAGGGAGUUAAUGGAGGGAGAAAGAGGGAAGCUGAGGCAAAGCCUGGAGGAGCUGCAGAGACUUCACAGCCAGUCUGUCCAUGCCCAGAAGCAGAUCAAUGGCAGAUCCAGUGACAGUAGAAAAGUGACGCUGCUGAGUGUGGAGAUGACUGUCCUGAAAGAAGAAAGGGACAGGCUCCGAGGGUCAGCUGAAGAUAAGGAGACAAAUGAACAGCUUCUGAAGGCCAUCAGAGAUCGAGAUGAGGCCAUUGCCAAGAAGAAUGCAGUGGAAAUGGAACUAGCCAAGUGCAAGAUCGACAUGAUGUCUCUGAACAGUCAGCUGCUGGAUGCUAUUCAACAGAAACUGAACCUCUCACAGCAGCUUGAGGCAUGGCAGGACGACAUGCACAGGGUCAUUGACCAGCAGCUGAUGGACAAACAUCUGAAGGAAUGGAGCCAGCCUGCUUAUUCCUUCUCCAAUGGCUACAGAGCAAAGCGGUGUGCAAGACCCUCCCCCGUGUUCAGGCCGGAGCAGCAGGGGGAUGAGCCCACUGGGGCAGAAAGGAACCGUCUCUUUUCCUUUUUCAAGAAAAAUUAAUGUGAAAGGAGAAAUCUUUCCAAUUAUUCCUGCUUAAAGCUGGGGGCAACUGCCCAGCUUCCUAAUGGACCUGAAUCUGAUCCAAAAGGAAAAACACAACGGGUGAAGGACUUAACCCUUGAGACUGCACUAUUUACAAUCCACCUGCUCUGAACAAAAAGUUUACAUGAACUGGAGAUUUGCAGUUUGACAAUGUGAUACCAACUGAGAGCAACUUUUCUUAUUCCUUAAGCAAAGUGAUAAACUUCAGGGUAUGUUUUAGGCGCUUUGACACAGGCCACUCAGUUUCUGCUGUGAAGAAUAAUCCAAUUGUCUUAAACUCAUUCUCUCAUGCUGGAGAAGGAAAUAAGCAACCCCAGGACAAGGCAAUACAGGGGACUGACUACUAGUGUCACGUAAGAGUAGGGGAAAAGUUGUGGCCUUCAUACAACCUCCAGUCCUGGCAGCUGGGCUGUCCUGCAGAUUACACAGGCUGUAGUUGCACUGGUCCUGGGAACAUAACAUGUUUACAUGGCUGUAGCUUACUCUGUGGGGGAAGUCCUUAUUGUCCUCUGCUUACGACCGGAAGUCUUUAUUCCCUCUGGUGCUCUCCAUAGCUACUCACACUGCAUCAGGACUCUAGAUCCCUUCCAGCUCAGUGCAGUUAUAAAUCUGCUAAUGCUGUGAGGUGAAUCUGGGUCCCUGUUGGUCAGUUCCAGACCCCAGAGUAUUGAGGAUUUGAUCGUCGAGGAGCCUGAAUGUUCAGUGCUCUUCAGAUACCGACUCUUCCCUUCGCCUCGCUGUGGAAGUUCAGUGUAGCUCAGCCUUAGGGCCAAAGGCCUUGUGCAUCUUCCUAGUGAAAUCAACAGCCAAAAAUCUGAGUCGCUUCAAUGGGACUAAGGACUGGUGCCCAAUGACCUGCCAUCUCAAAGUCCUGAGCACCUAAAACUGAUGGAUUUGAAUAGGAAUGGGUUGUUGUGUGUCUGAAGAUCAGGUCCUAGGUGUAGCUCUUCCACUGCUCAGCAUUGCUGCAGUAGCUUUAGUUAUAGGGCUGAUCUUCAGGGCCAACCCAUAGCUCCUGUGUAUAUGUUUUCUGCUACUCAGGCCUUGACGGUAGAAGGUUGGAUCCCUUCAUGCUCAGUGUGGUCGUAGACCCUCCCUUUGUGGUUAGGCGGCUUUGAUCAACCUGGGGUGAGGAAUGUGAACAUGCUGCUGCUCUACAUAUAUGCACACACUUUGGUGCUAGAAGUCCUGCAGUACGUAUGAGAUUAUUAGUAGAGUUGGUACCUCCUGCAGGCCAUAUUACUACCACUUAGAGCUCUUCCUUUAAAACUACUUUACCACCAACAAAAUAAGCAUUUCCCCUUUACAGAAAGCUGACGCUGGCAUGUUUAAGCAACAGCCUGUUUUAGAAGGGUUUUAUGCUGCUGUCACCUUUUCAUUUCCCAACUGCCAGUCUCCUACAAUCCUCUCCAAGCUGCACACCCAGCACAUGUGUGGGUGAGGAGGGGAAAUCUAUAGCCAUGAUGUAGUGUAUAUAUGCCAUCCUAAGGAAAUGGGCUUAAGUUAUGCAAUGAAGAUGCAGUGAUAAGAAAGGUGCCUUUUGUUGCAUGUUCACUGGAAGGGGAGAGUGGACAUGAGUCACAGCUGCAUAGGCCAGUGAUUGAAAUUCACAACAAAUCUCUUCAUUUAAGGAAGGAGCUAGUCCUUAAUCUCCUUGCAAUAUUUUUUCAGUGGGAAGGUUGAUAGAGGUUGGGAAAGGAAAGCAUGCAUAUUUCGAGCUGAUGGUUGGGAUAUAGUUCUCUUGGACUUAAAGUGCAACUCCAUCUGAGCAUGGGGGCUGUUCAGCCCAGAGAACGGGGAGGACAGAGUUAUGAACCAGGUCAGAGGAAACUGUCCUUGUGCUGAGCUGCUGUUGCUCAACUGCAACAAAACUACCUUAACACCAGAUACAUAAAACAGCGUCUAUCAGUACAAUCUCUCAGCAAAAUGUCAUGUAGUUAAUGCUGUGCUUUAAGUGUCCUAAAUGUUUUGUCGUCCCUUAAGCCAGUGGUGGGAAACUUGCGGCCCGUCCCUGCAGCCUGCAACAUUUCCCACAGCUCCCAUUGGCCAGGAAUGGCGAACCGCGGCCACUGGGUGCUGUGGGCGGCUGUGCCUGCGAACAGUCUAUGUAAACAAACUGUCUCACGGCCGGCCAGCAGAUUAUCCUGACAGGCCGCGUGCGGCCUACAGGCCACAGGUUGCCCACCACUGCCUUAGACUGUCAUUGAGCACUCACCGUCAAAGACAGCACAGCUGAUAGUGGAUUAAUUCCAGGCUCUUUUCACUGCCUAUGAGGAGUUCAACAUGCCAGCACCCCCGCCCCUGCCACCCAGGGCAGCUGACACUUACAAACCUAUUGGAAAAGGUCACUGGGAGGGAGAACACUUAACUGGAGGAAGCACAGUAACCCAGCAGAGUAGAUUCCGUAUUCCAGGCAAGCAUCAGCCUACAGGGAUUAUACCACUGCACAGGAGUUGGAUCUGCAGCAGUCAACACCAGUACAAAAUAUUUUCACCCAUCAGUACUUAAAGGGUAGUUCCAAGCAGUAUGGCAGGGAUGUAAGACAGUUGCACAGCUAAAGGAGGGAGGCUGCACAUUUUACGCAACUAAACGACAAUUAUAAAGCAAUCUCACUGCCGCUGUGGGAAAAGAAGCAAAUUUUUUUUGCUAGCUGGGUAAGUUCCCUUUAGCAAAGUCUACAGCUGGGGCCUACUGUUAUAUAUGAGACUCGAGCAUGGUCCAGAAAAUAAAUGUAGAUGCAAGUCAAGUCACUAGCACUUUACUAUCUUAACACACACUUAGAUCAGCAAGGUACCAUUAAACAAGAAAAUGAGAUCAAUUUAAGAAAAGAAACUGAGGAGUGAAGUCUAUGGCACAAUUUGUGCAAAGCAGCAAUAAACUGGGCUUACAGGCAACAGUGCAUGCACAAGGACUUCAGGUGAUGCGUGUAGGCCUUACCCUAUUUAAGACUGAUGGUGGAUUCUGGACAUAGAGCAAACCUUCUUUACCAUUCCCACUUCAACCACUGCAAAGCAAGAUUGUUUUAAUCAAAAGCUUAGAGGUACAAGGGACGUCCCUGGGUAAGAUAGUGAAGUGACAGUCCCCAUAGACAAAGUGAAAAAGCACACAGCAGGGACAAACAGAAUGUAUCUAUAGAUAUGUACAUACCACAGUGCUGUAAUUUUUGUACGUAGAAGUAAUGUAAAUAAGUGUAUGGUUUUUAUAAGAUACGUAUUAUAUAAAUCUAUAAAGGCAUAUUUUUAGUAAAAACAAUGCUCCACAGCUUCUUUUGUAAAUAGUUCUCUUCAGAAUAAAAUGGAUCAUUUCUAC